AUGGCGGAUUUGACAGAACUCAAUCGGAAGCACUUUGAUAACAUUGCCCACAAUUAUGAUACCGGCUUCGAGAAAGCUAUUAGCAUGAUAUGUGAAGAGACCAAAAGCCAUCGCCUGUGGAUUAGCUCCAAGUGGACAGACACUGCAGAAGGUAAAGAAAAAGAGAUUAAGCUUUUAGAGUACGCGUGUGGACCAGGGCAUAUUUCUCGAACACUGGAACCAUUUGUGACCAAAUGUCUCGGCCUUGACGUUUCAGAGAACAUGGUGGCCACUUAUAAUCAACGAGUUCAAGAAGCUGGUAUCUCCUCCGAGAAGAUGUCUGCAAAGGUUGGCGAUCUGCUGGCGGAAACCGUGUCCGAAGGUCUACAAGGCCCUAAGUAUUAUGACUUUGAUAUCAUCAUUAUCGGCAUGGCCUUGCACCACUUCCCUGAUCCUCAAUUGGCAAUGAAGCGGUUCACCGAUAGGAUACAAAAGGGUGGUGUGCUUUGGAUUGUUGAGAUGUUGGAAGAUCAUGGUUCAGAGCAGGAGCACAAGCGUAUUAGCCCUGAGUCUGCGCAGACUGUUCACAAGCAUGGGUUUGGUAUUGAAGAGAUCAAGGCAUUGUUCUCGGGUGCUGGAUUUGCAGACACUGCCGUCAAGAUUUUGGAUAAACCAUUCGAGAUGACACUCCACGGUCAUGAGCUGUCAAAGACUAUUAUCUUUGCACGCGGAUCCAAACUUUGA